CCUCUCGGGCCUCCACGCCUUUCCCCGAGGAGGGCCAAGGGUACCCGAGGGCAAGGCUGUUCGUGCCUUCCUUGGGUCACUGCCGGGCUGUGCAGGGGUUGGGCAUGUGGUCCACCCAGGGAGUUCUGCAGGAGAGAACAGCCCCUACUGGACGAAACGGAUCCCUAGGGGCGGGACAUCUUACCCAAGGAAGGCUGUCCAGAUGGGCGUUUCCCGCACAAACUAAAUGAACUAGUCUAGCAGCCCUGGGCUUGGCUUGGGAGGAGCCCAGCUUGCCUGGAGCAGGCAGGAGCCAGGGCUCAGCUGCGGGGCUGGCUGGGCCCACACAUCACCUGCUCUCUCCAUUCUCUCUGAGCUCCAAGCUGCCCUGAGUCCCCAGCCCCGAGGGGGCGCGCCCUGGUCCAGCCUUAGUGUGCCCAGAGGUUUCCUGGCUCACCCCACCCUUCCUUCUACCUGAAUCCAGUGAGCUCUGUUUCAGACCGCCGAAAAGGCCACGCCACCACACGUGAUGUGGUCUGGCCUCCUUCCGGUCUCGCUAGCAUUGGGUCCAGAUCCUGGGGAAUGACCGCCGUCCGUGGGCAGGAGGUAAAACCCCUCCCCGCUCUGAGCUGGCCCACUGCAACACACUCCUGGGGGGACCAGGGGCCCACCCGGUCUGAGCUUUAAUUUGGGGGCUGAGCCCAGUGUCAGCUGCCCAGCAGGUGCCCACCAGGUGGUCACUAAGGAACCAGCAUGAAAUGGGCCGAGGGGGCCUCUCCUGCCUGUCUCUCUAAAGGGUCCAGCCCCCCAGGUCUCCUGUGUGUAUGUCAGACUCUCCUGGGGGAGUUUGGGAAGGACCUUCGUGAUAAGCGGCCCAUCCUGAUAAUCCAGAAUAAGGACUUCAUCUCAAAUCAGAAGAUCAGCAACCUUACUACCCCCUCUCCAUGUAGCAUACAUAUUCCAAGGCUUAGGGGUGCACAUCUUCCCCGCAAACAAGCCAGGCUUCUACAGUUCAGUCGGGAUGGCUGAGUGUAAGCCCCUGGUUUGGCUUCGAGGCCCAGGGGCCUCCCAAUCCCCCCAGAGAGUGUGGGGGCCUAGCUGUUCUGGGCCCAGCCCUGGCUGCUGAGGCGUUGGGGGGAUGUGGCCUCUGGGUUAUCUGCCUGCUACAGCCACCCACCCCAGGAGCAUCUGGGGCCCCAGAGUGGAGCUGGCCCUGCUGACAGAGCUCUUGCUAGCCUGAGCAGGGCCCUUACCCCGGCAUGUGGCUCCUUCUGCUGCUGUGCUGGGCCGUGCUGGCCACCAGCAGCUUCUCUGUGGAGCCAGAGGUAGAAGUCACCCAUGAGACCUUCAUUGCCUACAAAGUCCUGGAGGUUUUCCCCAGAGGCCGCAGGGUGGUCAUAACGUGCCACUCACCCCAGGCACCCCCGCCCGUCACCUACUCCCUCUGGGGGGGUCAGGGCACUGAGGUUGCCAAGAAGGUGGUGAAGACCGCAGACCCGGCCUCCUUCAGCAUCAACGUCACGCUCAAGUCCAGGCCAGACCUGCUCACGUACUCCUGCCAGGCGGCCUCCCCCGAGGGCGCGCACUCCGCCAGCACCAAGCUGCAGAUGUACUGGGAGCUGUGGACCAAGCCGGUGUCCCAGCUGCAAGCUAACUUCACCUUGCUGGACAGAGGGUCGGGCCCCAGGGUAGAGAUUUCCUGCCAGGUGUCCUCGGGCAGCCCACCCAUCACCUACAGCCUGGUCGGGAAGGAUGGGACCGUCCACACGCAGCAGAGGCCGAACUACGGUCAGCCGGCCAAGUUCACCUUCACCCUUACCAACAAGUCCACCAGGCUCCAGUGCCAGGCUGAAAAUGACAUCAGUGUCCAGUUCAGCCCCUUCAAGCUGGUGCCCCCAGGACAGCUGCCCCAGGGAGCCGUCGUGGUGCUAACGAGCAGCCUCAUCUCCAUUGCAGCUGUCACCUGUUGGUUGCUGGCCCAGGCCUGGUGGACCAGGUUGUGACCAGAAGAGGCAAGCUUGACAGAGUCCCCUCGGAAGGGCCCUGGUCUUCAUCCACGAUGGAAGGACCCACCACUUGAAUGAAGAAAAAGCCCACCCGCCCUGGUUCUGUUGACACCCACACGGUGUUAGGCUGAGGAUUUUAGGAUGGAGUGGGCUGUGAUGGAAGGGGAGGUCCAUAGGAAGGGGGGAGCUCUGUGUAAUCCCUGUCCUCACCACUAAGCUGCUUGUCACCAUCCACGCGAGUGUGGAGAGAAAGUGGGGUACAUUGGGAAAAGUCCCCGCUGCACCAACCCACCUCCCCCACAGUUGUUCCCCUGGUCCCUGGAGUGGCAGCCCAUCUCCUGGUGGCCUAGCCUUCUGGUCCCGCCUCCUCACCUGGGAAGACAUGGAGCCCCCCCCCCCCAGCACCCCUGCAUUAAUCCUCGCCUGCAACUGGCAAAAAGUGUCUGGAGUUCCUCCCUGCCAGUUGGCUUGUGACCCCUCGGGAACGCAGACCCACCCACCCCCACUCAGCCUUCCUGGUUCCGACGCUCUAAACCAUUGGGGGGUGGGGGUGGGGGAGGAGAACUGGAUUAAACCCUGUGCUCUGCCUGUCACCCUGGAAACUUCGUUUCUGUCCGCACACUUGGGCAUGGAAGUCUGAAGCCAUACAUACUUGGGACCUGGUCCAGCGGGGGAAGAUUUGGGGGGGGGGGGGGGCGCGGCUCAACGCCACCCCAGGCUUAGCUCCACAGAGAAGCAAAGAGCGACAGGCCGGUCCGGGAGUGCGUCCAGGCUGUGGCCUGGGGUUUUGGACGCAAUGGGGAGAGAAGACCGGGUGCUUCUGAGCCUGGGUCCUGGGCAGGUGAGGCCCGGACAGGCACCCGGUGAGCUUCCCGAGAAGAAGGCGGGAUGGCAGGGGCAAAGUGUAGGUGGGGCAGAGGGGCGGGCCCUCCGUGCCUCCCUCUCUUCCCCAGCACGCUGGGGCCCCUUUCUGGGAGCUGGGGGACGGGGCCC